ACCGACAAAUUACAGCAGGAUAUGGCAGAAUUUAUUUAAAUGAUUCCGCUGAUUUUGUUGCUUACCCAAUGAUAAAAACAAUUGUUUUGUUUAUUUAAUUGUUUACAUAUAGGUGUAGUAGGAGAGGCAGUUAGAGAUUACCAAAAGUCUUUUUUUAAAUAGAUAUUUUGGCAUUUUAGCAUUUUGAAGUCACACUUAAGAAGACUAUGGGUUCAAAUGGCGAAAAACAAAAUAUAGAUUGGACGAUAUAAAAAAAAUGUUGUGGUUGUUUGUCAUAUUUGUUUCGUUUAAGGAUAGGCUAUAGCCUAAAAGCGUUGCUGUUAAACUUUACUAUCAAAAAUCAGCUGGAUCAUAACCUAGCGCUAUAUUUGGCUUGAUAAGAGGUUUUCCCUGUUUAUGUUUUUCCCCUCUUCCUCUGUAACAUUAGACCGAUGAAAGCUGCGCGCGGCCAAGCCCACAUCUCCAAACUGCAUCAGCCUGAUUUAGACUAGAUGAUGGCUAGAUGAGACAGCAUGCAUAUGUGUGCUGCUGCUAUACGGCUAAGUUGUCAAACAAGUCUUCGCCCGAAAUAAGGGGUUAUGAGUGUAAAGAGAGUGCUUUUUUAAGGACUAAGUGAUGGAGCAGGGGUCAGAAGAGAACAUGGAAAGCUCGUGGACUCUGCUAUCCUGGCUGGCUUCUGGUGUUUUGGUGUUUGGGGGUGCGGUGCCCUACAUCCCCCAGUACCAGGAGAUCCAAAGGACCAAUAAUGCUGAGGGAUUCUCCACAAGAGUCUGUCUGGUGCUGCUCAUUGCUAAUAUACUUCGCAUUUUCUUCUGGAUAGGCAAACAGUUUGAGCUGCCAUUGCUCCUGCAGAGUGUGGUGAUGAUUCUCGCCAUGUUGGCUAUGCUUCAUUUGUGCUGUUCCAUCCAGAGCAGCAACCGUGUCAGUACCAAAAAGCACCACAUCACAGAUUUGGACCUUCGGUAUUUCUGGAGCUGGAGUUCUUUUGAGGACUAUCUGAUGUUCUGCUUUGCCUUCAUGUUGCUGUGUGCUUUCAUAACAUUCCUCUUUCUGGACUGGGUCCUAUUUGUGGAGGCCCUGGGCUCUUUGGCAGUGAUGUUUGAAGCCAUGUUGGGCCUGCCUCAGCUGCUGCAGAACUACAACAACCGCUCCACCAGAGGCAUGAGCAUAAAGAUGGUUCUCCUGUGGACCGCUGGUGAUAUCUUUAAGACCGCGUAUUUUGUGAUCAAUGAAAGCCCCACUCAGUUCUUGGUUUGUGGUGCGGUACAGAUCUUAAUUGACAUUGCCAUUCUGCUCCAGGUGGGCUUUUACGGCCAGGACACGAGAAUCAAACUGGGCUGAACUCACUACGAUAAUGAUGGUCAUCAACACUCCUAAACAAGGACAUAUUACAUGCUGCAUACCAAAACUACACGCUCUUACUUUUUCAGUAUUUUUUAUUGCUUUGUACAAAUACACAGUGGGGUUCAAAAGUCUUAGACUACUAUGGAAAUGUUUCUAUUCAGUUUUUCUUUUAUUUAAUAUAACUUACUAAUUUAAUAAUGAUAUUAAAUAAUAUAUUUAUCAAUCAUUUAAAUUGUUUACUUUUUUACAAAUGCUUUAUCAUAGCAUGAGAAUUAAAGUAAAAAGUUCAUUUGAAAAAUUCUAAUGAUUUAUUAGGAGAAGAAAUAAUCUGACCUUUUGUCAAAAAUUAGUUGACUAGAAUUAGAGCAAAAUUUUAAAUUGUUUUGUAUUGGUUUUAUCAUGAUGUGUUUUUAAUUGUAUUCAAAAUACUAAAAAAACUGAGUUUUAGUUUUGAUUUUGUAUCCCAGAUUUUCCUUUUGGCCUCAGUCUUUUAAACCCCACUGUAUAUAAAUUCUUUUAUAUAUAGUUUUCCUGUUUUUUUAUCUCUAUUUUCAAGUUAUUUCACAUCUUACCAAACAACAAGUAUGUUCAAAGGAGAGUGAAAAGGCCUUAAAUGAUCCUGCUGAACAUUUAACUAAUCUAGUAUACACAUUCACUGAAUGAAUGACCUUUCACAUUGUUAUUUUUAUAGUAUUUGUCUUUUUGCUAGCUUUUGUGAGAGCCAAUAUGCUCUUAGUGCAAUGAAAUUGCUUGGAAAUGCAUGUGCCAAAUGCAUCUGCUAGAAACUGAAUUCAAACCGCUAGCUCAUUUGUCAACCAUUUGUGGUCCUUUUUCAUUUUAGAGCACUUAAAUGAUUAUUACUUGCGUAGUUGCACACGAAAAUCCAUAUUUUAAGCAGCAGAUUAAUGUUAGACAUUUAAACCUGAAGUCAAAACCAGUGCUGAUGAAUGAUUUUAUUGCCAAACUUUAAUUACCUAACUGUAUCAGUGGAACAGCAUGAGGGUAUACCAUAAAUAUAUAAUGGGAAAACUGAUUUAUCACGUAUGAUUGCAUUGCAAACAAGAAAAACAGAUGGAUUUUGUUCUGUUUAAUUAUCACAGAUCGAUAGCCCCUUUUCAGCAAAGUCAUUUUGCUAAAUUAUCACUUUUCUAUAUUGCUGUCAGCAUUUUGCAAAUGCAACAACGUUUUACCCAAAGUUUUUGACUCAAAGUAGAAUGGUAAUGCGUAAUGGUCCAGUGGAAAACCAGUUGUAGUUCAUCAUAACCACACAAAGCCAAUGAUGGACAAUUUUUGAGCCAACUUGGGUUGAUAGUCUUCUAUGUUCUGUAAAUAUGGCACUGAUUACUUCUCCACAUGACCACAACAGUCAUAUACCGUAUCGUCCAUGUUUAUCCAUGCACAUCACGCCAGUCUGCCCGCAAAUAAUUGACAUUUGGACUGUUUUUAUAUGGGAGUUGAUAGGACUGGUGGGAGAGAAAAAAAAAUGCAUUCACCUCAAUUCUGCUGCUGCAGUUGAUGAGGUAUGAGGAGUCUUCAUCAUAAAAGAGUUCCACUCUAUUAAGUUACCAUUCACAUCAGCUCUGAGUUAUGUACUAUUUAUCACUGCAAAGAAAAGGUCACUAUAACUUUAAAUCCCACUAUAGCGCCAGGCUCUCAGGAGGACUACAGAUGUGGCCUUAAAAAAGCACUUUCCAAUUCCAUCUCAGUUUUGGCUCUCUUUCUACCUCCCGGUCCAUGUUUCACUGUAGGGAUUUUAACAAUGCUAUAGACUUAUUAAGCCUGGUGGCUCCUUUGGCAUUAGUUGAACGUCAAAGUUUAGCCGUUGGUUAUUAGAGAUGGUCACAAAGCCACUGCCUCUCAGCUGUUUCCAUCCUACAUAGGCAGGUUUUUUGGCUUUAGUUCCCAUUGUGGUGAGACUUUGUUUGCGGUAAAUCUUUGUUCUGUUGUGCUGUUAAUCACCACGUCAACAUAUCUGACCCCUGGCCAAAGCCACUGACACAUUCAUUCGCAGGGAAAUACAGAUAUAAUGUAUUAUUGCUAUUUGGGUGUCAUUUGGAAAUAUUUGCGUAUAGAAUGUACUUUUGUCUCUAGAGACAUCUAGAGGAAUCUGAGAAGCUGUAAUCUUCAUUUGCUCUCCAUGUCUUCUUAUUGCUGUCAAGGAGAAAUAACUGAUAUAUGAGAGAUUUUCUUUGCUCUUUCUUUCUUUCUUUCGUUCUUUCGGGCUAAUUCGUUUAACCAUUCUGAACCUCUUAAAAUCUUGCUGUAAAAAAUGGUUGUUACAUCCAAAGACAUUCUUGUUAUGUUCGAUAAUCAUAUGUUUCUAUUGUGUCUGUUUGUUUUUUUUUCUCCUAUGUUAGUUGCACAUGACUGGUACAGUAAAUAGCUUUGCCAAGCUUUGUAAUUCUCUCAUCAUCAGUGAGGAAAUCACACUGAGGAGCAAGAUAACGGUCUAUUAUGUAUUUAAUGUUGUGUGGUAAUGACCGUUUAAUGUUGCCUUAAUAGUCUGAACAUUUUUGGUAUUCGUGUCAAAAAGGUGCCUUAAAUGGUCACAUGACAAGAAAUUAUUUAACCUGUCAUUAUGAAUACAGGUUAAUGAACUUUUUUUUUUUUUUUUUCAGGAUACUAUAUGUACCCUUGAUCAUGGCAUUAUGAUACAGGGCUGACAAAAUGACUGAGUUCAGGAAAAAUUUAGAGAAUUUUCAUCUUUUAUCCACAGAAUAGCCUCAAAAUGCUAUGCAAAAAAAUACAUACAUAAAUAUAGUGGGAUUUUUUUUCUGCAUUUAUAUCGUAAAAAUAAAAAUUAAAUAUGU